AUGUUCCUAUGGAACAGGUUCCAUGCUCUUCCACGUACUGACAAGAUUGACAACCUUUCGGAACUCUUUACCCCAUACCUUCCUACAAUCCCUGUCCUUAUUGGCACUUCUGUCAUAAGUUAUCUCCUUUGGAAGUAUUUUGGAAUGCUUGGUAAGAGAAGAAAACGUUACAGAAGAGCUCCUAGAGGACUUGGUCCAACUUUGGGAGAACAACUCCUUGACCAUGUGGAUGAGGAUGGUCCACAUGCAUAUACCUUAGUAAAGGAACGCAAACCUCGUUCUACGCCUAUAAGAAGGAGGAAAAAACGUGCUGUUCGUCACGGUGCUGGUCCUCGUGGUGGUGUACGUCGCCGUAUGGUUAUUGAUAUUCAUUUAGAAGUCUUAGACGAAUGUCAAAAUGGGGACCUGCAUUCCACGAAGGAAGACUUCUUUGAAAUUUUGGUUCAAGAAUUUAUGGGUUCCAAUUUUAAGGAAGGAGAAAAUGUCCCUGAGGAACAAGUUUCUAUGGUUCAUGUUCCUAAGGAACAGGUCCCAAGUUCAGAUUAUGUGUUUAGGGAGGAAAGACUUUGUUCCUAA